AUUUAGUGUGGGGCCUCCGCAAAGUGUCCCAAAUGGGUUGAAGCUUUUCCAUGGCGACAGAAGCCAAAUGUGCAGAAUAUUUUAUCUUCCUAGAAAAUAACGCAAAUUAAGCUUGGAAAGCUAUAGAAGACUGCACAAAAUCGACAGGCCAUAAGAGCUCAACAAAUGAAAUGGCGAGCGAGCGCCAGAUCUUCAAGCUUUCUGGCCCUCGUCAUCUGACUACCGUCGACUGGUCGGAUCCAGAUCACAGCCGAUGCGUAGCCGCCAGUCUAGUGCAGGGCGUGGUCGUGCAGGAGCGAGAUCGGCAAGAGAACAGGCAGGGCACGGAUGCUCAGGCUGAAAUUUGGUGGAGCUUCUUCAAAUUCAAGCUAAUUCAACCUCUGUACGACAGCGCCGACGGUUCCAUCUUCGGAUCUGUUUACAAAUGGAGCAAAAAAGCUGCGGGUCUCUCUUUGCGCCCGGCGGGCGCACCCAAAAUAGUGGUGGCUUUCCGAGGAACGGUUAAAACCCGCGGAUCACUGGCCAGAGACCUCUGCCAUGAUCUCCAAAUUCUUACAAAUCGACUGCACACAACGGCACGCUUUCACACCGCCUUCGAGGCCGUGAAAACCAGUGUUGACAAGUACGGGUCUGAAAAUGUGUGGAUCGCCGGGCAUUCUCUCGGCGCUGCCAUGGGGAUUUUGGCUGGACGGAAAAUGGUUGAAGAAAAGGGGCUUUUUGUUCAAGCCCAUCUUUUCAACCCGCCUUUCAUUUCUUCGCCCCUGGAGAAGAUUAACAAUGAGAAAAUAAAACGGGGGUUAAAUUUUGCAGGUAACUUGGUUAAGGCCGGGCUGGCUAUGGUGCUUCAGGACAAGCACGCCCAGAUUGAAGCCCAGAGAACUUUUUCUGUUCUGCAUAGGUGGGUUCCUUGCCUGUAUGUUAAUGCUAAGGACGAUUUGUGCUCGGGUUAUGUGGGGUAUUUCCGUAACCUAACGGCGAUGCAGCAGAGCGGGGCGAGUGACAUUGUGGGUCUUGCGCCGCAGCAGCCUAUCUGGGUAAUGGUGGUUUCUGCAUUUGGGAAAGAGGCUAAGGCAGGGCAUUUGAUUCCUUCUGCUAGGUUAACCGUGAAUCUCAGCCCGGGGUCUGAUUUUCAAGCGGUGCAUGGGAUUCAUCAGUGGUGGGCGCCGGAUAUCAGGAUUGAAUGCACUGAGUUUAGGCUUGGGGCAGAGAAGACAUCAGGAGGACUGCUUACAGGACAAAGGAAAUUUGCCAUUGCAUGAUGACUUCAAUAGUAAUCAGGUCUGGAAUUUCAACUAAGAUAUGCCUUUCACUUUAAAACCCAGUUGACAGCUACUAUUUCUACUUGGAUGCCGCUUUUUUCUCAUGAUAAAUUGGAGUAUGAUUAUAAAUGUUGAUAAAAAACGUGUUGACAGCUACUAUUUCUACUUGGAUGUCACCUGUUAUGACAAAUUAGAGUGAUUAUGUUGAUGCAAAAAUUAUUAAUCUAAUUACAGCUACCACUUUUUUAAGGUUUUA